ACGACUGCAGCGCCGACGGUGCCAAUCGUCGGUCGGACGUGCGGCAAGCCCGAAUGGAACACCGACUACUCUGGCAACGACAUUUCCAACUUUGGCACGACCGGAGACUUUGACAGCAUGCUUGGCCAAUGCUGCGAUGCGUGCCGGUCCAAUUCCAACUGCGGCGCCUACACCCUCGCCGAAAAUGUCUGCUACCUCAAGACGGCUGCUGGUGACCGCAAGCCGGCGAACGGCGCGACAUCGGUGAGUGUGUUUGCGGUCACUGCACCACCGACUCCGACGACAGCCCUGCCGACGCCGACACCAGACCCGACGGGGUCGACCAUUCGCAAGUGCGGCAACCCCGAGUGGAACACGGACUUUUCCGGCAGCGACCUCUCGGACUUUCAGGCGACCGGCGACUUUGGCGCGAUGCUCAGCCAGUGCUGCGACGCGUGCAAGAAGAGCGCCAAGUGCAACGCCUACACGCUCGCUGAGGGUGUCUGCUACCUCAAGACGACAGCUGGCAACCGCAAGCCGACGCCGGGUGCGACCUCGGUUGCUGUGACCACCAUCGCGUCGUAACGG